UAAUUGAGUAUUGUAUAAUCUUCUUUUUCCCUCCCCAAAAUAUUUAAUUGCUUCUUUUUCUUAUUCUCCAUUUCCAAAAAGCACCAAAACAAUCAUUUUUCCUCUUUAACUCCACCUCACCAAUUAGGCAAUUACUCCAAACUACGCUCCAUUUCCAAUUCCCAAAUUAUGAGAUUAUUCCGGGGCAAAGAAACCGCCGAUUCCUCUCUGUCGCCGGAAAUUCCUCCACAACCGUCACCACCACCACCGGCGCCGUCGGUUACGGGCCCAGCGCGGCCGAUUAGGUUCGUAUACAGCGAUGAAAAUGGCAAGUUUCGCAUUGAUCCAGAAGCUUUGGCUGUUCUUCAGCUUGUUAAGGAACCAAUUGGAGUCGUCGCUGUUUGUGGUCGUGCUCGUCAGGGCAAGAGUUUUAUUCUUAAUCAGCUUCUUGGGAGGAGCAGUGGAUUUCAAGUUGCAUCAACACAUCGGCCAUGUACAAAAGGACUUUGGUUGUGGAGUACGCCUUUGAAGAAGACUGCUCUUGAUGGAACAGAAUAUAAUCUUAUACUGCUGGAUACUGAAGGAAUUGAUGCUUAUGAUCAGACUGGAACAUACAGCACACAAAUAUUUUCUUUGGCUGUUCUCUUAUCCAGCUUGUUCAUCUUCAACCAGAUGGGUGGAAUUGACGAGGCUGCAUUGGAUCAGCUUUCCCUUGUGACCGAAAUGACUAAACAUAUACGUGUUAGGGCCCCUGGAGGAAGGACCACAGCUUCUGAACUUGGGCAAUUUUCGCCAAUCUUUGUUUGGCUUUUGAGGGACUUCUAUCUGGAUUUGGUUGAGGAUGAUCGAAAGAUAACGCCUCGUGAUUAUUUGGAGCUUGCGUUGAGGCCAGUUCAAGGUAGUGGGAAGGAUAUAGUUGCAAAAAAUGAGAUUCGGGAAUCGAUCCGUGCUCUUUUCCCUGACCGUGAAUGUUUCACCCUUGUUCGGCCAUUGAACAGUGAGACUGAACUUCAGCAUCUUGAUCAAACACCACUGCACAACUUUAGACCAGAAUUUAGAUCUGGUUUGGAUGCAUUAACAAGGUUUGCAUUUGAAAGAACGAGGCCCAAGCAAAUUGGUGCAACUGUAAUGAAUGGACCUAUGCUUGCUGGUUUAACACAAUCAUUUCUUGAUGCAUUGAAUAAUGGUGCUGUUCCAACAAUAAGUUCCUCUUGGCAGAGUGUUGAAGAAACUGAAUGCAGGAAAGCAUUCAACAGAGCUUCUGAAGAAUAUAUAUAUGCCUUUGACAAGUCAAAGCCACCUGAGGAAGCAGCACUUAGAGAGGCCCAUGAAGAUGCAGUGCAAAAUGCUUUGAGCAUAUAUAAUUCAAAUGCUGUAGGAGCUGGUUCAGCAAGGCAGAAAUAUGAGAUGCUUCUGCAGAAUUAUUGUAGGAAGGAAUUCGAGAAUUAUAGGAAAAAUACAUUCAUGGAGGCAGAUUUACUAUGUUCAACCGCAAUUCAAAAUAUGGAGAAACAACUAAGAACAGCUUGUCUUGUCCCUAAUGCAGAACUAGUUCAAGUGCUUAAGGUGCUUGAUGAUCUUUUGUCUGAGUAUGAAGCUUCAUGUUAUGGUCCUGGGAAGGAAGAAAAGAAGGCUAUUUUCCUUCAGCGAAGUUUUGAAGAUCUAAUAGCUGAAGUUGCUAGAAAGCAACUUGAUAAGGUUGGAACUGAGCGAAGUGCCCUUAAGUUGCAGUGCCAGUCCCUUGAAGAAAAUGUGGUUUUGCUCACCAAGAAAUUAGAAGCAAGUGAGAAGCAAAAGUCCGAGUACCUGAAGCGCUAUGAUGAUGCUCUAAGUGACAAGAGGAAAAUUGCUGAUGAUUAUACAAACCAAGUAACUAACUUACAAAGUAAACAUAGCUCUUUGGACGAGAGAUAUUCCAGUUUAUCAAAAACGCUGGAUUCAGUCAAGAAGGAAUCUUCUGGAUGGAAAAAGAAAUAUGAAGAUAUCUUAUUGAAGCAGAAGGCUGAAGAGGAUGACGCUUCUGCAGAAAUAGGUGUUCUUAAGUCUAGGGCUAGUGCUGCUGAAGCAAGUCUGGCUGCUCUUCGGGAACAAGCUCAGUCUGCAAAAGAAGAAGCUGAGGAGUGGAAACGGAAGUAUGAUAUUGCUGCCAAGGACGCAAAGUCAGCCCUUGGAAAGACAGCUGUCGUGCAAGAAACAACAAAUAAGAAUAUGCAACUAAGGGAAGAUAUGCUAAGAGCUGAAUUUGUUAAGACUUUGGCUGUAAAGGAGAAAGAGCUCAAGGAAAAGAUGGCAAAGGUGGACCAGGUUGAACAACAGCUAACAACUUUACAGCUGGGGUUGAAGGCUGCUGAGUCAAGAGUCAUCAACUAUGAUAUGGAAGUAUCAGAUUUAAAAAACAAGAUAAAGGUGCUGGAAGAGGAGUUGGAAGCUGCAAAAGCGGAAGCAAAAUCAUUUGAGAGACAGUCAAAGAUACUUGAGCAGGAAAAAAUCUAUCUGGAGGAGAAGUAUCAACCUGAAUUCAUGAUGAUUGAUGAGCUACAAGAGAGAUGUAAAGCUGCUGAAAUAGAAUCCAGGAAAGCUGUUGAGGUUGCUGAUCAAGCACGAGCAGAAGCAGAGAUUGCUCUAAAGGAAAAAAGUGAUAUUCAGAAAAUAUACAUGGAAAGAUUGGCCCAUAUUGAGAAGGCAGAGAGGCAGAUUGAGAAUUUGGAGAGGCAGAAAAAGGAUCUAGCUGAUGAACUUACUAGAAUACGUGCAUCAGAAAUGGAUGCAAAAUCUAAAGUGAUAUUGCUGGAGGCUAGAGUUGAAGAAAGAGAGAAGGAGAUAGAAUCUCGAAUGAAGUUAAACAAUGCUGAAAGAUCCAGCACAGUUCAAGUACUUAAUGAAUUACUUGAAACAGAGCGUAGUGCUCGAGCAGAAGCCAAUCGUAGGGCUGAAGCUCUCUCUGUUCAGCUGCAGACCACCCAGGGUAAGCUUGAUCUAGUGCAACAAGAAUUGGCUUCUGUUCGUUUUAAUGAAUCAGCCUUGGAAGCGAAGCUCGAGGCUAGUAAAUCUAAUGGGAAACGUUCAAAUGUGGAGGCCAUUGAAAUGAAGGUUGAUUCUACUGAGGAUGAUAGACUUAUUACUCGAGUCAAGAAGAAGCUUAAGAGCAUUGGCAGCCCUUUCCGGCAAACAGCAUCAUCAGAAGAUGUCCAUCUGGUUUUUGGGAGUGGUGAAGAUGUUACUGAACAAAUAAAUUCAGAAGAUUAUACCAAGUUUACCGUUCAGAAACUAAAGCAAGAACUGGUGAAACAUAAUUUUGGUGCUGAGCUGCUGAAGCUGGCAAAUCCUAGCAAGAACCAAGUCCUUGCUUUAUAUGAACGAUGUAUCCUUCAUAAGUAUUGAUCAGCUGGCUUACGGACAAGUAGUUAUGGUAGCAUAUGAUUUACAUGCCUCAGUUACCAUGUUCAAAAGGCAACUACAUGGCUUACCUUGCAGAUUAAUCUUCAUUGUGAUUGGUUAGUCCUUUGUCUCAGUGUCAUGGAGUUGGAUGGCGUUCUACUGGGACUGGGUUUUUCGGUAACAUAAUCCUUUCUUGAAUUUCUUGCUGUGAAUAUAAUUUGAUAGGUUUGCCAUAAAGAAUUUUCUGCAACUUUUUUGGCAGUUUAUUCCUUCAAUGGCAUAGGUGAAAUGCUAUUUAUGUCUGGCUGUGUCGAUGUGAGUUUGAAAUUGUCUAAUCUUUGUCAACUGUAUAAAUAUUCUUGCAAGGGUGUCUAUCUUUUAAAGGUCAUGUUUUGGAACUGCAUAUUGAUUUGGGGUUUUAAGAUAGGUCGGAGAGGUUUUAUAACAAUUCGUGCUAAUAGUUUGUUGGUGUGGAAGUUCUUCCUGUACUGUACAUCUACUUUCUAAUAAUGCCGAUUUUUUUUGAAUACUUUGUAUCUGUCUCUGUAACACGAUGCUUGUAUUAGCUUUAUUUGAGUUUGCUCUCUUGUAUAAAGUCUAAUCAAGUCUUGGCAUAUCACCAAA